UACUACGCGGAUUCCAUUUUAUCCUGCAUGAGAUCUGUCUUUUGCUUUUUUCUUCCCUUUCGUGUCGACAGAACUCUGUCAUCUGGCUGUGCUGAAAGAAGAACAACCGCGCUCGCUUGAAGUGACUCGAUCGCCGCGCCAUCGACGCCCGCCCGCGGUCCACCUUGCUGCAACCUCGAUUUUGCUUCUUUCAGACGCAUGCCUGCCCAAAAACGCACAAGGGCUCUCUUCAGGCCAUGCAUUGACUUGCACAAUGGCCAGGUGAAGCAGAUCGUGGGCGGAACCCUCUCAGAAGCCGACCCGAGCACCCUGCGCACCAAUUUCGUCGCAAGCCACCCGUCCAGCUACUACGCGUCGCUCUACCGCACGCAUAACCUCGAAGGAGGGCACAUCAUCAAGCUCGGCCCCGGGAACGACAGCGCAGCGCGGGAGGCACUCGCCGCCUGGCCAGGGCACCUGCAGCUCGGCGGGGGCAUCACCGACGCGAACGCGCGAGAGUGGCUCGACGCGGGCGCGAGCAAGGUGAUCGUGACGUCCUUCCUCUUCCCCGACGCCCGCUUCUCGCUCGCGCGCCUGCAGCGACUCGCGGCGCUGGUCGGCAAGAACCGGCUGGUGGUGGAUGUCAGCUGUCGCCGGCGGGAAGACAAGUGGUUCGUCGCGAUGGACAGGUGGCAGACGGUCACGGACAUGGAGGUCAACCAAGAAUCACUCGACCUGCUCGCGGAAUACUGCAGCGAAUUCCUGGUCCACGCUGCCGAUGUAGAAGGGCUUUGUCAGGGCAUCGACGAGGAGCUCGUGCAAAGACUCGGCGAGUGGGCGGCGAUACCGACGACGUACGCGGGCGGCGCAAAGAGCGUCGACGAUUUGCGGACGGUCGACGCGCUCUCGGGCGGCAGAGUCGAUCUGACGUAUGGCAGCUCGUUGGACAUAUUUGGUGGGACGCUGGUGCGCUUCGAGGACCUGGUGAAGUACAAUAAUGGCGGAGAGAGCAAUACAUGAAAUACCGCUGAAACCGAUGUCUCUCCGGGGGCUCCCGUGACAGGCCGUGUGUUGUUGGCGCAUUAUGGGGUUCUGAAUGGUCUGAAUUUCACUCGG